UUUUUAAAUCUGAAACCAAAACAGAGUCGCCGUCUCUCUACUAAAAAUUCUGUGAGAGUUGUUUUGUAUAUUCAUAUUGCUGCUGCAAUUGUCAGCGUUCGUGAGUUGGUGGUGACGAUUGGUCACGUCUCUUCGUGUUUUUCAUCUCUCUCUGGAUCACUUUGGUAUUCAUUCGAUCGGUAGCACCGUUUCACUCUCUUUAUAUUCUCAUAUGGCCCUUCACCACCAAUACCCCUCACUCCUCUUCUCCAAAGGAAACGGCCAGGGAAACCUUCUAACAAACCUUCCAUUGCACCCACACCCGUUUGCAACUCUCAUUCACUCUGCGAUGUUCCUCAACAAUGGAGUGGCAAUCAAUUCUCGCAAGAGGAGGAGAGAAGUUGCCGAUACUGAAUUAUCUCUAGCACCCACUAACCUCUUCUCUCUACAACCACCACCACCACCAACACCGUCACCACAACCAGCACCACAGAAGAUGUGUACGCCAUUGUCAUUGCCAUUCUUGUCCUUCACAUCCAUGUUGACUGAAGAUCGCACUGCCCAAAUCGUAGAACAGAGUGACCAAAUCGACGAAAUCAUCAAAACCCAUGCUGACCAGUUGCGGCGCACGUUAGCGGACAAGUGGCAGAGGCACUACAGUACGCUCAUAUACGCAGCGGAAGAGAGAGCGUCGAAGAGGCUGAAAGAGAGAGAACUUGAGUGCGAACUGGCGGUGCGAAGGAACGCAGAGUUGGAACAGAGGGCGGCGCAGUAUAGCGAGGAGGCGCAUGUUUGGCAGGCAAAGGCGAGGAAGUUGGAGGAGACAGCGGCGUCGUUGAGGGCGGCGCUGAGGCAGCAGGCUAAUGUGCACGGAGGGGGAGGAGGGAGUAGGCAAGGAUGCACCGGGUGCGGAGGAGGAGUGGCGGAGGACGCUGAAUCAUCGUACGUGGACCCGGACCGAGUUGAACCGGUGAGCAUGGCAUGUAAAGCGUGUGGGAAGAGAGUAGCGACGGUGAUGAUGUGGCCGUGUCGGCACGUGUGUGUUUGUAGGAGAUGUGAAGCCGUUACUAAAGUAUGCCCUGUUUGCCUCUCUCUUAAAACCGCCAGCCUUGAAGUCUUUCUGUCCUAGGCCCCACCACCAUCUGUUUAUUUCUCACACAUUUUUUUUUUUUUUUUUUUUAAAAAAAUUUGGUUUCUGGUUGUAUUUUGG